GGUGCUCAUAACAGCUAUGUGGCGUCAGGCUGCUAAGGUCUCCUAUAACCAGUACACGAAUGAGAUGGCUGUGCUGCUACGUAAAUGCCUCAAAGAGCCAUUUAGAAGCCAGGCUAUGAAGAGCACUGGAGUCCAGUUUCGAGAGAAGUGGUUCGCGAACGGGACCGAGGUCUCACGAAAUGAAAUUAAAGACCUUGACGGAGCUUUCAGGUUCGCUGCGAAUCCUAGCUCCCUCACCAAGUGAGCCGCGAAUCGGAUUGGUAUUAUUGCCUAGAGAACAAGGAUCACAAGAUUAUCAAAGGACUACACUCCUACCAAGUUGGUU